UGCUGGAGGACUUGAGAGGCUAUAAAAUGAAGGAACUUACUGUAACCGGGACGCACUCUGUAGCUGGAGUUCCCUUUGUGAACUCCCAGAGUGAAACUAAAGCAAUGCUUUAAUCACUGCUCUCAGAGAGACACAGAGAGAGAGAGAAAGAGGUUGGUUUCCUCUCAACCAACAAGGCGAGAAAGUUGCACCCAGUCGCCGGUUCGAGUCUGCAGAGUCUGCAGAUCCUGCAGAGCCAUGGCAGGAGACGGGUCCGACCAGCGGGCGCUGCAGUAUGAACAAACUUUGAUGUAUGGCCGCUACACCCAGGAGCUCGGGGUGUACGCCAAAGAGGAGGCCGCUCGGCUGAGGGAGAGCGGGGCGAGGCGAUCGGUCAGCGACCGGAGCCGGACGCUGGACCUGCUGGAGUACGACAAGGGACGCUGUGCCAAAUGUCGCAGGUCAGGGUAUCCGUAUGUUCUGCAAGCUCCAGCCCGGGACUUUUUCUCUGUCUGCACGGUUCGCUGUCAGAAGUUCCUGAUCUCGCGGGUCGGGGAGGACUGGAUCUUCCUCAUCCUGCUGGGACUCCUCAUGGCCCUGGUCAGCUGGGUGGUGGACUUCUGCAUCGCCAUCUGUCUACAAGCGCAGAAGUGGAUGUACGGUGGUCUGGACAGUAACGUGUUCCUGCAGUAUCUGGCCUGGGUCACCUACCCUGUAGUCCUCAUCACCUUCUCUGCCGGCUUCACCCAGAUCCUCGCCCCCCAGGCUGUUGGUUCAGGUAUUCCAGAGAUGAAAACCAUCCUGAGAGGAGUUGUGCUGAAAGAAUACCUCACCUUCAAAACAUUCGUGGCCAAAGUCAUCGGUCUCACCUGCGCUCUGGGCAGCGGCAUGCCCUUGGGCAAGGAGGGUCCGUUCGUUCACAUCGCCAGUUUGUGUGCUGCUCUCCUCAGCAAGUUCAUGUCUCUGUUUGGAGGAAUCUAUGAAAAUGAGUCGAGGAACAUCGAGAUGCUGGCGGCUGCCUGUGCUGUGGGAGUGGGCUGCUGUUUUGCUGCCCCCAUAGGAGGUGUGUUGUUCAGUAUAGAAGUAACAUCCACAUUCUUCGCGGUGAGGAACUAUUGGAGAGGUUUCUUUGCUGCUACCUUCAGUGCCUUCAUCUUCAGAGUUCUGGCUGUGUGGAACAGAGACGAAGAGACCAUCACAGCCCUUUUUAAAACCCGUUUCCGGCUAGACUUUCCCUUUGACCUCCAGGAGCUUCCAGCCUUUGCCGUCAUUGGUAUUGCCAGUGGUUUUGGUGGAGCUUUGUUUGUCUACUUGAACCGACUGAUUGUCCAGUUCAUCAGGAAACAGAAGGCCAUCAACAGAUUCCUCAUGAAAAAACGUCUGCUGUACCCAGCGCUGGUCACUUUACUUGUUUCCACACUAACAUUUCCCCCCGGCUUUGGACAGUUUAUGGCUGGAAAGCUGACCCAGAAGGAGACUCUGGUGACGUUACUGGACAACCAGACGUGGGCCAAACAGGGCAUCGCUGAGGAGUUUGACUACAUCGGACACGCACAAGCCUGGAAACACCCGCAGGUCAACGUCUUCGUCACCCUUGUCCUCUUCAUCGUCAUGAAGUUCUGGAUGUCUGCCCUGGCCACCACCAUCCCAGUGCCCUGCGGAGCCUUCAUGCCAGUAUUUGUCAUCGGGGCAGCAUUUGGUCGUCUGGUUGGAGAAAGCAUGGCAGCCUGGUUCCCAGAUGGCAUUAACACAGAUGGCACCAUCUACCCCAUAGUGCCAGGAGGCUACGCUGUCGUGGGUGCGGCGGCCUUGUCGGGAGCGGUCACCCACACGGUUUCCACCGCAGUCAUCGUGUUCGAGCUGACUGGCCAGAUCUCCCACAUCCUGCCGGUGAUGAUAGCGGUGAUCCUGGCCAACGCCGUGGCCCAGUCCUUGCAGCCCUCCCUCUACGACUCCAUCAUCAGGAUCAAGAAGCUGCCCUACCUCCCGGAGCUGGGCUGGGGACACCACGAGAAGUAUAAUAUUCGUGUGGAGGACAUCAUGGUGCGUGACGUGCGGUACAUCACACUCAACUGCUGCUACAGAGACCUGCACAACGUCCUGCUGACGGGACACCUCAAGACUCUGGCUCUGGUGGAAUCAGCUGAGUCCAUGAUCCUGUUGGGCUCCAUCGAGCGUGUUCAGCUCCAGGCGCUGCUCUCCAUGCAGCUCGGCCGCCCCAAACGGCUGGAGUACAUCAGGGAGCGAGCCUUCGAGGAGAAGAAACGCCUGUCCGUCGUGUCAAACGUGUGCAGCGAGGACGAAACCCACCGGGCCAGUCAGGAGGUCCGCUUCCAGAUCUCUACUGAGGAGUCGUCCUUCAGCCCGACUCGUUCAGUACCUCAGAAGCCCCUCAAGCCUGCCCUGAAGAGAGUCUCCGUUGUGGAGCGACCCGCCGAGAUCCCCACCAGCCCACAGGAUAAUUCAGGCAUCGCUUUAAAGAACCUGUUCUGCGCCAGUCCAGACAACGAAGGCCUGGAGAAAAACAACAACUUGGAGACCCCCGUGUCUCCUGAGCACAGGAGGCCAUCCAAACGAGUCCGGAUAUCCGUAGUGGAGCCACCACCCAUCUUAAAGAGUUUCUUUGCGGACGACGUAGACGUGGAGGACGACAUGACUAUUAGAGAGAUUGCUGAGUGGGAGGAGAAGCAGCUUGAUGAGCAGGUCGAUUUCAGCAACUGCAAGAUCGACCCCGCCCCGUUCCAGCUGGUGGAGCGCACGUCGCUGCAUAAGACCCACACCAUCUUCUCCCUGCUGGGCCUCGACCACGCCUACGUCACCAGCAUCGGACGCCUCAUCGGGGUGGUUUCCCUCAAAGAGCUUCGUAAGGCCAUCGAGGGCUCUGUGACGGUGAAGGGCGUGAAGGUGCGUCCUCCUCUGGCCAGCUUCCGGGACAGCGGCACCAGCAGCAGCGAGAACGAAGCCACCGAGCUCCACAAACUGUGGGAUCGCCACAAGAGCAUGUCGCUGCCCCGCGAACACACCCCCUCCGAGUCCGACGAGAAAUCCCAGUGAGGGGAAAGUAGAGGAGGAGGAAGAAGAAGAGGAGGAGGGUGAGGAAGCAUUGAGAUCUUUAAUCUCCCAAAGCCAUAAAAAUGCAAAAAUCCUCAGGGCUUAGGAUCAACAUGUAAUUCUGGAAAGUGUCCUACUGCUAGCCUCUUCGUAACUCCUCAUCUACUCCUCUUUCUCUCCACCAUCCACUUUGCUUCAUGGACCCACCAGUGCUCUCUCCAGGAGUCUUGCACUGACCAAGCCAGACACUCCACGGGGGAGAGGAGCUCAACCUGCUCUCCAUUAACCCUCGGGAACCCACAGCGAUGUGGACUAGAGGGGGUUGGGAGACUCAUGUUGGUCGAAUCCAACAAGGGAAUGGGUUGAAAUCUUUAAAAAGGGAUUUUUUUUUUGUGUAUAUGUUUAGAAUUGAGAUCAAAGUUUGGACCUGCAAAAGUUUUUUUGAACGAGUCUUCCACUUGAGUAUAGAAAUUCAGCAACGAUGACAAGGAAGAAUAACGUGUGCGUGUACUGUAAGUGUGAGUGUGUGAAACGAGAAAAUGUGUGCGUGAAGAGGGAGGUAGCAGACGACUAUUUCUUAUACGAUUUUUUUUUUUAUUGUCUUUAGAACAUUUAAAUCUUUGUUUUCCAGCUUGAAUAAUUUUAUUUCUGACUGAUCAGGUGGUCUGGGUUUAACUGGAAUUUGCCAUUUACUUUGUAAAUUACACUACAGUUUGUCCCAUUGACGAGCACUGGACUAAGGGGACAGAUGCCUUUUUCAUUAUACCUCUUUUUCUUCUCAUCUCUUCACUGCGAGUCUUAAUGGUCAGGUUGAGAGUUCAGUCUAUGCAAGCAGAUGUGCCUGUUGGCAGUGGCGGAAGCACCUGUAGCCCUUUUCAUAGAUGUACAUUCCUUUCAUACUGUAGCUACGGCCCUUACAUUACAAAGACACAUAGAAACACACACACAAACAAGAGCGCGGCGAUGCACUCCCGGGAGUUUCUGCUAAAUAUAGCUCUUAAUAACCGUUCCCGAGAAGGUUGGGGCGGAUGGAGAAGGGCAGGAAGCGAGGGAGGGAGGAAGAACUGGGAGCAAAUGGAUAGCUGGAAGAAUGAAGACAUCAUUACCUAACCAGCUGCUCUGGGCCCUCUCAUCAAUCUGUCUUUGAUCGCCAUGUUAGCUAACCUCCAUUACUAUCAGAGACACAGAACCCCCCCACCACCACCACCACCAGCUAUAUGAUGUAAUAGUCCAGGACUGAGUCAGACGCUGCUCUCAACGUAUACAGCAGCACAUGAUGAUAUGUAAGCAGCUUAAUUAAAACCGCUUAAAGGGAUAGUUCAGGUGUUUUGAAGUGUGGUUGUAUGAGGUACUUAUCCAUAGUCAGUGUAUUACCUACAGUAGAUGACGGUCGGCACGACCCCAGUUUAGAGAAACAGAUAGGAGUUAAC